AUGACCGAGCUGUCCGAAGUGCCGUCGGGAGAAGCAACCGACUCCUUCUCACGGACCUCUCCAGCUUUAACCAUCUCUACACCAUGCAUAUCGUCGCAGGUGGAGGUGGAUCCUCUUCUCAGCCGCAAGGGACCUCAGGAGGAGCCUUCUCUCGAACUGCAGAGAUCUGCAGAAAGUGGAACUCCGGAAAUUGCGAUCAUCGCGGAUGUAAAUACAGACACAUCUGCUCAGUCUGCCGUGCCCGAGAUCACGCCGCCUGCAUCUGCCCCCAGAAAGGUGGUUCCUCUGCGGACAAACGAAAAUAGGUACCCACGCUUUUCCCGUGGCUUCCUCUGGGAGCAUUGUGACCAAUAUACCACUCCUCUCGCAUCUCUCUCGGAGCAUCUCAGACCGAUCCCCGGACCUCCUCAAAAUGAAUUGAAUAAUCCAGUCUCCCUGCGUACCAUUACCGAUAAUUCAGAUCUCUUUCAAGUGGUCACACCCAUCGCUGUUGACUGCUUUGAAGCCCUGCUAUCCUCCCAUCCAAAUCGCCCGCUUGUUGACUCUGUCCUUCGUGGCUUGAGAGAAGGCUUCUGGCCAUUUGCUGAGACUGAUCAUUUGGAAUUUCCUGACACGUGGGAUGGCGGGAGCAUUCCCCUGACUGAGGAGGCAUCAACAUUUAUUUCCCAAUAUGCUGAAGAAGAAGAAGGCCUCCAACGAUACUCUCAUCCAUUCGGACCAGAUCUCCUUCCGGGGAUGUACUCUAUGCCUGUUCAUGCGGUCCCUAAGCCACACUCCUCUAAGCUCCGUUUUAUCAAUGACCAUUCAGCGGGUCCAUUUUCGCUCAAUGCUAUGAUUGAUAAGGCUAACGUUGGGAUGCGACCGGACAAUGUCCAAGACCUCGGUUGCAAUUUGCUGCGAGUGCGUAAGCUUCACGGUAACAUUCCAAUCUGGCUCUUCAAAUCCGACGUGAAGAACGUGUAUCGUUUAAUCCCCAUGCACCCUUUGUGGCAAUUGAAGCAAGUUGUCUCUGUGAACGGCUUACGACGCAUUGAUCGAUGCAUGUGUUUUGGUAGUCGCAGAUCUCCGGACAUAUGGUGCUCAUUUAUGAGCCUUGUCGUCUGGAUUGCUAUUCACAUAUACUCGAUUGAGGCCCUCCAAGCCUACAUGGAUGAUAAUUUCGCUUUUGACCUCCUGGCCCAUCUUGUUCUCUAUGAACCUUAUCAUCGCUACAUGCCUCACCAGCAAGUGAUGCUCCUUCGUCUUUGGGACGAGUUACAAAUCCCACAUGAGGACUCGAAGCAAGUUCACGGUCACGCGCUCACAAUUAUCGGCUUUCAUGUCGACACGCAAAACAUGACCAUUACUCUGCUGCAAGAAUCCUGCACAGCCCUGGUUACGCAUAUUCGUGAUUUUGUGACCAAUGCCCCUCGACGUCGACAUCCUCUCCGUGACUGGCAACGUCUUCUUGGUUGGAUCAAUUGGGGACUCAAUGUUCAACCUCUCCUAUGCCCAGCUUUGCAGGCGGCCUACACGAAGAUCCGAGGCCUCGCUACCGCAUGCACCAGUGUUCCUCAAUGCCCGAGUCAAGCAAGAUCUACUUUGGGUUGCUGA